GGCUGCAUCCUGCUUCACAGUUUCACAAGGCGCCAGAGGGACCAGAGCAGAACACAUUAAUACUUUGUCAGCUCAGCCCUGAAGCUCAGCCCAGGAAGCUGCCCUGCCAAAGUUCACGUUUCACAGGGUAGGCACAAGCAUUAGAGAAGAGGAAAUAUACAUUUAAACCCAAACAGGCUCAGCUUGAAGAAAAAGUUGGUUUUCAACACAGCUAUGAUUUAAGGGCAACAACACCAGCAAGGGAAGGGUUGUCACGUGGGGCAGGAUUCACCCACAGCAUCUGGUUUCAGUCCCCUGUGCCCGCUUUGAUGUGACGGUAGCACAACCAGUAUGAGUGAGGGCACUGGCCUGCCCAGCUGGACCAUGCAUUUGCGGGGCAAGAGCAAGAUCUUGUUCAAAAUACCAUGGUGGCUGCUCUGAAGCACAGACGGUGAAGACUUCACUGCUGACAAAAACUGUACCAGGAAGUUCAGCAUGACGGAAGCAUUCACAGAAACGACAGCUGAAUAUGCUUAUGACGAACAUGCUUUUUCCUGCAAUAAGACUGACAUCCAAGAAUUUGGGAAAAUAUUUCUGCCAAUAUUUUACAUUGCAGUGUUUGCUCUUGGCCUCACAGGCAAUCUAAUGGUGCUUUUUGCCAUUGUGAAAAAAGGCAGUAAAAAAAGCAUCACUGACAUGUAUCUCCUGAACUUGGCUAUCUCAGACCUUCUCUUUGUGGUCUCCCUCCCCUUCUGGGCUUCCAACACAGUGCGUGGAUGGACCCUCGGGACUAUUUCAUGCACAGCUAUUUCCUCGCUGUAUUACAUUGGUUUCUUUGGGGGCAUGUUCUUUAUCACUGUUAUCAGUAUCGACAGAUACUUGGCCAUUGUCCGGGCAACAUAUUCUCUGAAAUCCAGAACAGUGAAACACGGCUUUCUUAUAACCUGCGGAGUAUGGGCAAUAGCGGUUUUAUUUUCAGUGCCACAUUUUGUGUUCUCCCAGCUGGUAGAAAAUGACUGCAUGUCUGUCUUCCCCCAGGAGCUGGAGAACAUCUGGCCGGUGUUCUGCAAUGUGGAGCUGAACACCAUUGGCUUUUUCAUCCCAGUCUGUAUAAUAUGCUAUUGCUACUGUGGGAUCAUCAAAACCCUGCUGUCCUGCAAAAAUCAGAAAAAAACACGAGCCAUAAAACUGGUCUUGGCUGUGGUAGUCGUGUUUUUUCUGUUUUGGUCCCCCUACAAUGUACUGAUUUUUCUCGAGACUUUAAAGCACUAUGAGUUAUUCACAAGUUGUGAUCAAAUUAAAUCACUGGACUACGCAAUGCAUCUGACCGAAACCAUUGCAUUCAGUCACUGUUGUCUCAAUCCUCUUAUCUACGCUUUUGCUGGGGAAAAAUUCAGGAAAUACCUUCACCAUAUCUGCUUAAAGUAUUGUCCAUUCCUGUGUUUCUGUGGUCCCUGCAGUCACUACCAGGUCACCUCUUCAGCUAGCUACACAGAAAGCGUCAUGCACAGCAACAUGACCCUGAACACCAGUGACCAGGAUGGCUCUGUCUUCGUCUAAAAGGCUCUGUGAAGAAGAAAUGUAUGUAAAUAUGACUUCUGUGAGGCUAGCCACCACCAAGAUUGCCAUUGCCCACAUGAAGAGACUUAACGGCUGCACUGAGUUACUGACAUGCCUCUUGUUAAGCAUAAGGUAUUCUGAAAUGGUAAAGAUUUUUAAAAUAAAAGCAGUACAGUAUGUCAGGGCUGGAUGCAGAAUUGAAUCAAGAGGGAAGAAGAGGGAAAGUAGAAGCAAAAGCAGUGCUCUGUGCCUAGAACAGGAGAUGGAGAAGAAUUUAAGGACAGAGAAGUCAUUAAAGUUUCAUCAUUGAAACUUGUGUGUGUGUCAGUGUAUGCACACGUAGUACAAAUGUACAUAGACAUAAACUCAUUUUUUAAGGGAAGAGAGAUCUCUAACGAAUGGUAGCUGACUUUGCAAAGGGCAAUAUUUUUGAUAGUAAAAGGGUAUAUUUUUGAUGCUAUAUAUCAGCCCUAUGGAAGUGAUUUGGGGGUUACUGAUGGCAACAAAUGUUUUACUUGUGCUUUCGAACCUAAUAAAAUCCUACUGUUAAUAAAAAAGAUUGUCAUUUAAAAAAAUA